AUGAACUCCAAACCGAUCGCCGGAUUGUUGUGCUGGUGUCUCUUCACCUUCACACUCUAUCGCUGUGUGGACUCUCUUUCGAGAGUCCACACAGCGAUAGAGUGUGAAGGUGAAGAGACACCAGCACAACAAUCCGGAGAUCGGUUUGGAGUUCAUUCUUCCCAACAGCACGAUCUGGAGAGCAGUGUCAUUCCCCUCAAAGUGAGGCUCGAGGUUGAACGCACUGUGACACGCAAACCGACCUCACCGGUUACCAGCAUCACAACACUGUACGAGGAAUCACCAUCCACAUCCAUCCGUGCCGGCAUCAAAGGUCUCUGUACUAAACUUACCUUUUAUCACUCAUUGCCUUAA